AUGAGACUCCCGCAACNCCUAUCUGGCCCCACCCUUGUCCGGGAUGCCGUCAUCACCGUCCCGGCCUACUUUAGCAACUCUCAAAGACAGGCCACCAAGGAUGCCUGUGCCAUUGCCGGCCUCAAUGUCAUCCGCAUCAUCAAUGAGCCCACUGCUGCCGCCAUUGCCUAUGGCCUCAACUACAAAGCAGAGAAGAAGAAUGUGUUGGUCUUCGACUUAGGAGGUGGCACCUGCGACGUCUCUAUCCUGACAAUAUCAAAGGGUACCUUCGAGGUGAGGGCCACCGCUGGCGACACCCACCUUGGCGGGGAGGAUUUCGACAACCGCAUUGUUGCUCACUUUGCCAAAGAGUUCAAGCGCAAGUACAACAAGGACCUUUCUGAAAUCCUGCGGGCCCUACGGAGGCUGAGGACAGCUUGCGAGAGGGCGAAGAGGGUUCUCUUGACCAAUACUAAGACCAAUGUGGACGUUGAGUGUCUGCACGAGGGGAUUGACUAUCACUCUAGCAUUACCCGCGCUAAAUUCGAGGAUCUCAACAUGGACCUGUUCGAAAAAUGCACCGAGCCUGUAGAGAGCUGCCUGAGAGAUGCUGGGGUGGAGAAGGCUGCCAUCCAUGAUGUCGUUCUGGUUGGAGGCUCGAGCAGGAUUCCCAAGGAUCUCAACAUGGACCUGUUCGAAAAAUGCGCCGAGCCUGUAGAGAGCUGCCUGAGAGAUGCUGGGGUGGAGAAGGCUGGCAUCCAUGAUGUCGUUCUGGUUGGAGGCUCGAGCAGGAUUCCCAAGGUUCAGAAGAUGCUGCAGUUUAUUUUCGAGGGAAAGGAGCUGUGCAGGAGCAUUAACCCGGAUGAGCUGCCUGUAGAGAGCUGCCUGAGAGAUGCUGGGGUGGAGAAGGCUGCCAUCCAUGAUGUCGUUCUGGUUGGAGGCUCGAGCAGGAUUCCCAAGGUUCAGAAGAUGCUGCAGUUUAUUUUCGAGGGAAAGGAGCUGUGCAGGAGCAUUAACCCGGAUGAGGCUAUUGCGUCCGGUACCGCCGUGCAUACAGCCGUCCUACGUGGCAUAGGGGACGACAAGGUGAGGGACCUCGUACUCCUCGAUGUGACCCCUCUCUCACUAGGAGUGCACACUGUCGGGGAGGCCAUGUAUGUCGUGGUCCCGCAGAACACGACUGUCCCCACCCAGAAAGAGCGAACAUUGUACACAAAUGUAGAUAACCAGUCAUCUAUGAGACUCUCGGUCAACGAGGGCGAGCAGGCAAGCAACUCUCAAAGACAGACCACCAAGGAUGUCGGUGCCAUUGACGGCCUCAAUGUCAUCCGCAUCAUCAAUGAGCCCACUGCUGCCGCCAUUGCCUAUGGCCUCAACUACAAAGGAGAGAUGAAGAAUGUGUUGGUCUUCGACUUAGGUGGUGGCACCUGUGACGUCUCCAUCCUGACAAUAUCAAAGGGUACCUUCAAGGUGAGGGCCACCGCUGGCGACACCCACCUUGGCGGGGAGGAUUUCGACAACCGCAUUGUUGCUCACUUUGCCAAAGAGUUCAAGCGCAAGUACAACAAGGACCUUUCUGAAAACCUGCGGGCCCUACGGAGGCUGAGGACAGCUUGCGAGAGGGCGAAGAGGGUUCUCUCGACCAAUACUAAGACCAAUGUGGACGUUGAGUGUCUGCACGAGGGAAUUGACUUUUACUCUAGCAUUACCCGCGUUAAAUUCGAGGAUCUCAACAUGGACCUGUUCGAAAAAUGUGCCGAGCCUGUAGAGAGCUUCCUGAGAGAUGCUGGGGUGGAGAAGGCUGCCAUCCAUGAUGUCGUUCUGGUUGGAGGCUCGAGCAGGAUUCCCAAGGUUCAGAAGAUGCUGCAGUUUAUUUUCGUGGGAAAGGAGCUGUGCAGGAGCAUUAACCCGGAUGAGGCUGUUGCGUACGGUGCCGCCGUGCAGGCAGCCGUCCUACGUAGCAUAGGGGACGACAAGGUGCGGGACCUCGUACUCCUCGAUGUGACCCCUCUCUCACUAGGAGUGCACACUGUCGAGGAGGCCAUG